AUGUCCUCCGGGAAUUCUUCAACAGAAACGCACACCAACGGCAGUUUUGCAACACUGGGCUCAAGUCCACCCUCCACACUCGGCAGCAAAGGCAGAGCCAUCCCCCCGAAGGUUACCCAGGAAGAUGCCAGUGUUGAGCUCAGGACAAUGAGCUCAGAGCGUGGAGCUGUGAGGGGGUCAAUCCCCCUUGGUGAAGAUAUCAUGCAGAUUGCCCGAAUAGGGGAGAUUUCUGCUAUGCAAAGAUUAUUCGACGAGAAGAAGUUCAGCGCCAACCAUAAGGAUGAGGAAGGGAUCACCCCAUUACACUGGGCUGCGAUCAACAAUCAGUACGCCAUGUGCAAGUUCUUGCUAGACUCCGGCGCCGACGUCAAUGCCAAAGGAGGCGAAUCUGUGGCUACACCAGCGAUGUGGGCAGCUCAACGGUGUCACUACUAUAUCGUCCACCUUCUGCUUCAACAGGGCGCCGACCCUCUCCUUACCGACGUCCAAGGCUACAACAUUCUUCACCUGGCUACAAUUGAUGGAAAUGCCUUCUUACUGGUGCUACUUCUGCAUCAAGAAAUACCAGUGGACGUCGUCGACCAACAAGGGCAUACGGGCUUGAUGUGGGCCGCUUACAAGGGGUACCCUGCCUUGGUGGAUUUAUUCCUGCGAUGGGGCGCUAAUGCCAAUGCUGUCGAUGAGAGUGGGCUUACUCCCCUCCAUUGGGCCCUCGUGAAAGGGUCCUUGCCCUGUGUCCUAAAAUUGAUCGAGUAUGGCGCGGAUAAGUUUGCAAAGACCAGGGAUGGUAAAACGCCGGCAGUUGUGGCGGGGGAAAUGAAUACCACGCGCGUGUGGUAUCGUGCCUUGGAUGAAUAUGGUUAUGACUUCGAUGGGAACGCGAAGGUUCUCUCUUCUGGGUUAACUUCUUGGGCACGUAACAAGAACUUAAUGUCCAAGUUCUUUUUCCUCUGGCCUUUCGCCAUUGUUUUCGCCGCCGUGUGGGUACUGAGCAGCAUGGUGAUCUACGCUGCCAUUCCUAUGAUGCUUGUGAUCGUCUUUGGGCUACAAUGGGUAGCGCAGAAGGUCGCCAGCCAGGGUCCUUCCGAAUAUCGGAUUCUGCAAAAAACGCCUUAUUUAUCUGGCGUUUUUGCAGGCUCCCUAUUCUGGGUGGGCUUCAGAUACGUCUUUUACGUACUUCCUGUGACUUACUCUACAUCUCCGAUACUUAACGUGCUGUUUGCUAUAUUUUUCUGCCUGACAACUUAUUUUUACAUAUACUCGAUGGUCGAAGACCCUGGGUUCGUUCCAAAACUUGACAGCAGAAACCAACAAAGAGCAGUCAUUACGGAGCUCUUCGAACAGUGGAAGUUCGACGAAGAGAAUUUCUGCGUUAGUUGCAUGGUCCGAAGGCCCUUGCGAAGCAAGCAUUGCAAGCGCUGUGCGCGCUGCGUUGCGAAACAUGACCACCAUUGUCCUUGGAUUGAUAAUUGCGUCGGGGCCAAUAACCUACGCCAUUUUGUUCUAUAUAUUACCUGCUUGGAGGUUGGCAUUGUCCUUUUCGUGAAGCUAACCUUCAAUUAUAUCGAUAGCUUGCCAGCACCCGUGCAGCCCCAGUGUAACAUCAUCAACGAGACUCUUUGUGACUUUGUGCUCCGUGAUACGUUUACUCUUGUUCUCGAUCUAUGGGUAUGCAUUCAACUGGUCUGGAUCACCAUGCUUGUUGCCGUCCAGAUGAUCCAAAUUUCUCGUAAUCAGACGACAUACGAGAACAUGAGAGGGCACUCGGUUGACAGAAGCUAUCCUAGCUCGCGGGCUUUUGCCUCUGCAGUAAUGGCUGGGACAACCUCGCUCAAUGCUGCCAGUCUAUCGCCUUCUGGUCAAGGUCCGAAUCCCGCCCUUACCCGAGGUGCUCCUCGCCAUCGGAAACAUGGUUGCUUGCAGCAAUGGUCGUCUCUUCUUGGCAUUGAUACGUUUUUUGCUACUGCGCGAGAUGGAUUGCGUGACGGCCCACGUGCAGUCCGGCCCAAGAACCCGUUCUCGCGGGGCGUUGUCGCCAAUUGUCGAGAUUUCUGGUGUGACCCAGCUCCGUACUUUGGAAAACGAGAACCAGGCGCAGCUAUGCUUGGUGGUGAAGUGAUUAACUAUAACCGCAUGUAUGAGACUCCAUCCUGGAUACAUAGUGGUGGUGGGUAUCGGAGUCUGGCAGCUGAAGACCCGGAACAAGGUGUCUAA